AUGGUUCACACCAGCAGUGUCACCAGUAAAGACACACCCACCUUCUGGUUCAUCGUCAGUGCCAAUGGUAGAAUAACUGAUGCCAGGGCAGAUCCUGAAGCCACAUUAGCAUGUGCUGCUCAGAGUCAAACUACGCUGGUGUCCAAACUGGAGGCCCUGCAGUGCCACUUCAUCUGGGAUCUGGACCCCAGCAGGUCCAAACUUCUUGGUCUGCGGGACCACCUGGAGGACAUCGGCACCGAGGAGGGAAACAGCUGGCUGGGUCACAUUUACAACCUGCGGGGGUUCAUUCAGUACAAGGUGGGCCUCAUUGAAGACAGCCAGAGCUUUUUCAACAAGGCUGCAGAGGCCUUCUGCCAGCUGAGAAACGCAGACGAGGGUCCCUGGUUGGUGGUGAACUACGGGAACCUGGCUUGGCUGCACCACCACCUGGGGGACGAAGCAGAGAGCGAGGCUUACCUGUCAAAGGUCGACGCCCUGAUGAAUAAAUACCCGUCUCCAUCCCAGGACGAGCUCCAUCCGGAGAUCUACGCUGAAAAAGCCUGGACCCUGAUGAAGUUCACUGCAGUGAAGAAUCUGGCUGCAGUUUACUUCCAGAGAGCCAUCAGGAUGCAGCCGGACAUGGUGGCGUGGAAGACCAGCUACGUCUUGGGUUUGGCAAAAAGUUGUAAGUACAGCAGCACAGGGCUGAAGGCUGAGGUCUUGGAGAAAAUGAGAAUCGCCAAGGAACAGGAUCCAGAGAACUUGUAUCUCGCUGCAUACUACUUUGAGCAACGUGCUAAAAAAGGAGAAAAGGUUGAAGAUGAAGCUCGUGAGUUAGCAAAAAAGGUUUUGAGAAAUCCUGUCAGCUGCUACAACGGUAUUGGACCAUUACUUAGCAUUUACAGAUACUGUUUAUCUGUUGAUGAGGCUAUUGAUUUGGUAGAGGAGGCUCUGGAAAAACAUCCCGAUGAGCGUUAUCUGAAGAAAUGUGCUGCCCUCUGCUACAAACAGAAGAUUUUUUGGUGCAGAUACAGUGACCCAGAGCAAAGUGUGAUCGACAGAGCAAUCACUCUCCACAAGGAGGUGAUUUCUCUUUACCCUCAUUCUUCUCUCAGGAAGAAAUUAGACCUCGCAAAAAUAUACGCAAAGUCAAGUAACAGUCUGGCUAAAGCUGAGCAGAUCUACCAGGAACUGUUAAAAAGUGACCUGGACCCUGCAGACAAACAGAUGCUGUACACAUGGUAUGCAAAAUAUCUGUACAUCAUACUAAAAGAUUACAACAGGUCGAUAGAAUAUAACAUGAAGUCAGCAGAGAUACCGCACCAAUCACACUUUCGCAAGAACAGCAUCAAAGCUCUGAGGGACACUAGAGACAAAAGCAGGAGCCGAGAAACUAGAGCGAAAGUAGCAGAGUUUCUGAGAAACCUGCCAGAGCCAUACUAG